UUAGUAUCUGAGAGCAAGGCUUCACUACAAGAUGCAAAGAACCUGUUGUGAGACCUUGCAGCCUUGGAGAACGAGAGCAAUAGAACAAGGGAAAAAGUGUUCAAGGAAAAAAUCACGUUCUUUGACAGGAAACAAAGAAUGAACGGGCACGCACAACUGACAAAGAAUCCAUGAGUUGGUCUUCCUGUAAAAGGCAUUUGGUAGUUUGAGGACAGGGGGCUUCCUAUCUCUCACUGCCCUUAGGAAUGCAAGCUUUCCUAGCGCGUACCAGCUAGUGUCCCUAUGGCCCACUGGCACUUGGCAUCUUGGCUGAAGUUACCAAUAAGGUUGCACAGCUUGUAGGAAGAGAGAACAUCCUUCAAGGAGCAUAAGAAAAGACCAGUGCACAGUCCAGUCCCAUAUCCCAACUCUGACAACAGCCAGCUGCAUAAAAGAAGAAGAAAAAUCCUAUGAAGGAAAAUUAUAGUCUAACCUGUCUAGUUAGAGUUUAUAGUCUAUAGUCUAGCCAGUGGGAAACUAUAGCCAGUUGCAGCAGCAGGUUUUGUGUUGUGGCUAAAUGUCCUGUAGGAUCAGGACUGAAACCAGUAGCUUAGUUUGCAUAAGCCACUGCACAGCUGUCAGGACAUUCUGUUCCUCUCUUGUGCUUGAUUUUGCCUCAGUAUAAUUUCAGGGUUGCUACGAAUCAAAAUAGGAGGAAGGGAAAAUAGGAGCCAGCCAGAAAUCAGACGUAAUACAGCAUAGUAGUCAUAGAAACACAGCUGUGGCAGAAAUGUUGGGUAUAGAAGCACUGGCUGAACUGAAGCAUGAUGAGACUUGCAGUAUGCAAGAAAUAAUGUGUAUAUGGAAUGAUCAUUUGUUCCUAUUAUUGAUCCUUCAAAUCCCUGGUGGGUUAGGACUGAGGUUAUAGGGCAUAAGCCAAAUUCUAUUCUUGAUGUUAUAGAAGGCCAACACGGGCAUAUGGCAGAAUUAUCAGAAUACAGCAAAAUCCCCCUGAUGUGCACACCAUGUUCAGUUGUUACAUCUGUCUGUACCCUCCAUCCCUUUGCAGUUUGUUCCUGUAAUUAAUCACCCUGUGUUCAAAAUUUGCAUUUUAGAUCUAAUUUUGAGGUUCUCUGCUAUACUUCUAACUGCUGAUUCUUGUUAUGUCUUUUACCACUAGCAUUCAAAAGCCCGAUUUCCCAGCAUUUUAACCCUUGAAAGUACCAAAGCAUAGGUUCUCCCACUGAGGAAAAUCAAGAGCAGAGAGAACUAGCCAGGAUGAAUUUCCUCCUUCUGGCCCUUGUGUUCCUGCUGCAAGGGAUCAACAGAAGCAGGAGCGAAGAUGAGGACUUCCAAUUCUGUGCCGAAAGAAAUCAAACACAGAGAAGUUAUCUUGUUGGCAAGUUUCACAAAGAGAACAUCACCAUUGACAACAGCGCUGACAAACUGAUGAUAAAAGCACCAUUUAUACCAGGCAACACCAAUGAAUCUUUGCCAGACCAUUUGGGAAUUUAUCAUUUCUGCCUCUAUGUGUAUCAAAGAAGUGGAUUUUUCAACAUCACAUAUGGAAAAAGCAAUUAUACACUGAGCAGAAAUGUAAACUCUUCCCUCCACUCUCUAAGAGCAGACCCUCCAAGGAACUCAUCUCGCAUUCCCAUGCUGUUCAAUGUGUCCUACACCUAUGAAAAGGGUCAAAAGAAUGCUCUUAGCAGUGCAGUUAAUUACUCUUUCUCCUUCAAAGGUCAUAAAAAUACAGACCAAGGUGUUCAAGUACAUGACAUUGAACAUGAAUUAAGUAACUUAGCAAAAUUCAUGAAGACUCCUACUAUGCCCAGUGGAAGAACUGGCAGCUCCAGAUCACAAUAUAAGAAACUUCUUCAUUUGGAAGGGAAGCUAGAAAAAGUACAGUUUGAAGGAGAGAGUAAGGCUUUCAAGGAGACAACAAUAUCUGCAACUGUUUGGAAGAUAGGACCCAACAAGGCUUCUCAGAAUCUUUCCUUCACAUCUGAACGGGAGACAGGUAAAAAGGUUCGUGGAUUUGAAAUGAAUAUGCCCAGUGUUGUCUUUGCAAAAGCCAAGGGCAGAGGAAAGGCUGCUGAGACCAGAGUGCUCCUGGUGGAAAUCAACAGCCAGUCCCUUUUCCAGGACCAGAACAGCAGCCGUGUCCUCGGUGAAAAGGUGAUUGGCAUCUCCGUGGCAAACACUGUGGUUUCGCACCUCCCACAGAAUCUGGUCCUCACAUUCUUCCAUGACCAGCUCCUGAGGAAUGAGACCCCACAGUGCGUGUUCUGGGAUGUGAACACCAACAAUGGCUCUGGCAGUUGGAGUGACAUUGGCUGUACCACAGAGAAGGGUAAUGAACAGACAACCUGCCAUUGCAAUCACCUCACCUAUUUUGCUGUACUGAUGGUGUCCUCUCCAGAGAUAGACUAUAUCCACAAGGAGUACCUGAGUAUUAUCACCUACAUUGGCUGCAUUAUCUCUGCUGUGGCUUCAGUCUUCACCAUCUUCUUCCUGCACUCCAGGAAGAAGCAUAGAGACCAUGCUGUAAACAUAAGCAUCCACAUAAACUUGCUCUCAGCCAUCUUCCUUCUGGACGUGAGCUUCCUCAUCAACAAACACUUGGCUUCCAUGGACAGUGAGGCAGCCUGCAAAACUGGUGCCAUUUUCCUCCACUUCUCCCUGCUGAGCUGCCUGACAUGGAUGGGUAUUGAGGGCUACAAUCUCUACAGGCUUGUGGUUGAGGUCUUCAAUUCCUAUUUUGAGCAUUUCAUCCUCAAGCUCUGUCUGGUAGGCUGGGGACUUCCUACUUUUCUUGUGGCUGUGAUCUUCCUGACUGAUUGGACAAAUUACGGACCAUUCCAGAUUGCAGUAUUUGAAUCCUUGGACAGAUCUACCGAUGCAACCAUCUGCUGGAUCACAAAACCCUUGAUCCACAACAUGGUGAACCUUGGCUUUCUCAGCCUGGUAUUCCUGUUCAACUCAGUCAUGCUUGCAGCCAUGAUACGGGAGAUCCUCAGGCAGAACAAGAGGGGCCAUGCAUGUAAGCAUGCCCUGGCACUCCUCGGUUUGAGCUUCGUGCUGGGUCUCCCAUGGGCACUGGCCUUUUUCUCCUUUUCCUCUGGAACAUUGCAGCUUGUCACGAUCUACCUCUUCACCAUCAUCAACUCCCUCCAAGGCUUCCUCAUUUUCCUCUGGUACUGGACAAUGGUGCUGCAGGCCAGAAAGUCACCCCAUUCCCAGAGCAGCUCUGACAGCAUGAAACUGCAGCCCAACACCAGCCAGACGAGUCCUGACUGAGUCAUCACUUUCCCCACCUAGAACUGCUUCUGCCCAGAGGGAUCAAGAAUGAGGAAUCAGCCCCCAAGAGAGGGGAGGAAAAUGGCCAAGAGAGUGGAGGAGGCAUGAACUUCUCCAAAGUUACUGCCUGGCUUCUUGUGUCCACAUAUGGCCAUUAGGAAUGUACAGAAAACCUACUCCACCCCACACAUACCAAGUGGGGGAGUUGAACUGUAUGAAGUCCACCACUAGCCAAAGGACUCAGUUUCUCUAUGUGCACUCCAUUUUCCUUACAGGGAUCCCUCUCUCUGGCUCUCAGCUGCAUUAAACCCCUUUGUUGUUGCACACACCCUUGCCCCUUUGCUCUCAGUUAAAGCACCAAUUCAUUGUAAAUGUUGCCAGAAAAAACAGGGGACUUUAAGCAGAGUGGGGCUACAGCUUCUUCUGACUGGAGAUUAGGGCUCUAUUCUGUUUCAUGCCCUUUUUGCUGCUUUCUGUCAAAGCCAAAGGGAAAAGCUGGAGGAAGAGUGCCUGGUAUCUGUCUGUCGCAGGGCUCCAGUCAUGAAACUGCAAGGACAAAGGAGAGAGGAAGCAGAACUCAAAUGUAAAGACAUUAUCUCCUGUCACCUACAAUUCCUUCAGGUCAGCCCAAAACUGGGGAGCUGAUCAUUUCAGAUUAUAGAUACAUAUAUCACUGGGAAAGGUAGACAGACCUGCAGGAGGGUCAGAGACUCCAUACACUUCUUUCUAACAUGUGUGGGAUGCUGGGAAGAGUGAUACAUGGGCCUCAGUCCCUAGGCAUUGGCGCUCAAGGGCAACUCAGCACCCAGUCUUCUAGGCUAAGUACAGACAGUCAAAAAACCCCAGGCUGAAUUGAUUCAGUCUUUGCAGGUUAGUCAAAACUGCAGAGACUAAAGUGAGAAACAACUGAACAGACACUCACUUUUGAUUCAUGAUAUGCAGCCACAUCCCUGCAGUGGCUCAGGCCAGAAGCUGGUAGAGCAUGGUUUUCUGGCACAUAGCCAGCAUGGGCUGUGUGUUUGCUUCUGUUUCCUGCUGCCCCCAAGGUCUCUAAGACUUACAGCCCAGAAUGACAGGAGCAGGACUCUGUAGGGUUGGUCAUCACUUUCUUUUCCUGCUUAGAGGUGCCUCUGAGAUUUGUAGUCCACAGUUGCAGCCAGCAGUAGGCUUUAACAGGGAAAGGCAGCUUUGUACUUGGUGGAAGGGAAAUUUAACCCCCCUUCCCUGUUCCCAACCCAGCCCAGGGCUGCACAGCAUGCUGGGAUGCUGGGGGACUGUGAUUUAACUUGAAUCAGAAAGGGGUCUGGGACAGAAGUUUCAUAAACCAGUUUGACCCAAAUCGGUUAAAUCUGAUA